AUGGCUGAGGAAGAGAAGUCACAAGAUGAGCCGCUGAUAGGGUACUUCAAGUCGUACCGUGAGCUUUUCGAGUUCUUCUGUAGCAACACUACUAUUCAUGGAGCCAUCCGACUUGUGUGUUCCCGCAACAACCGAAUGAAGACAGCCUUCUGGCUAGUCCUCUUCCUGGCAACGUUUGGACUUAUGUACUGGCAGUUUGGACUUCUUUUUGGACAAUACUUUAGUUAUCCAGUCAGCAUCAAUGUCAAUGUUAACUCUGACCGACUUCCCUUCCCAGCAGUGACUAUUUGUACUUUAAACCCAUACAGGUACAGCUUUAUUGUAGAUGAUCUUGACAACCUGGAUAAAGUGACGCAGCAAACACUGUUUGAUCUUUAUAAAUACAAUGCGUCUGGGGUCCAAGGAAGGGUUGCAACCAACAGAAGAAAUAAGCGCUCAAGUGCACCACUUGUCAUCCCUCUAGAAAGGGUUCCUGUUACAGAGGGGCCUAGGAGGAUAAUUAGAAGUGCAGAGGGUGAAGAUGAGAUGCAAGUGAACCGCAGAGAGUGGAACAUUGGCUUCAAGUUGUGUAAUGAAACUGGCGGAGACUGCUUCUAUCAAACCUAUACCUCAGGAGUAGAUGCCAUACGUGAAUGGUAUCGCUUUCACUACAUUAAUAUCCUUGCCCGGGUACCUUAUUUGAACGCUGUAGAUGAGGAACAAGUGGGGAACUUCAUCUAUGCCUGCAGAUUCAAUGAGGAUUCAUGUACCAAAGCGAAUUACUCUCAUUUUAUCCAUCCUAUCUAUGGAAACUGCUACACGUUUAAUAAAGACAACAACACCCUCUGGAGCUCCUCUAUGCCUGGAAUAAAAAAUGGUCUGACACUUGUCUUGCGUGCUGAGCAAAACGAUUACAUCCCUCUACUCUCCACUGUAGCAGGAGCACGUUUUGUUGUUCAUGGCCAAAAUGAAUCACCCUUCAUGGAUGACCGAGGGUUCAAUAUUCAACCUGGAGUAGAGACAUCAAUUGGCAUGAAAAAGGAAACCGUCCAACGAUUGGGAGCUCAGUAUAGUGACUGCUCAGAAGAUGGAAGCGAUGUUAAUGUGACAAAUUUAUAUAACAGUGAAUACACCCAGCAGGUUUGUGUACGCUCCUGUUUCCAGGCAGAGAUGGUUCUCCGUUGUGGCUGUGGCUAUGUAUUUUAUCCUCUCCCUCAAGGACAAGAAUACUGUGACAUAAAGAAGCAUAAAAGCUGGGGUCACUGUUACUAUAAACUAAGUAACGAAUUCGCAACAGAUGAACUGGGCUGUUUUACUAAAUGCCGUAAACCAUGUCUGGUGUCAGAUUAUCAACUCACAGCUGGAUAUGCUCGGUGGCCCACUGCGGUCAGUGAGGAAUCAGAUGCAGAAGCAUCAGAACUUUUUUGGAAAGGUCUUAAUCAUCCGCUUCUGAACGAUGAGGCAGUAACUAAAAUUAAUGCUCCCAUCUCUGAUCAAGAGAUUCUUCAUGCUAUUAAAGAGUUGCGCUUGGACAAAGCCACUGGCCCAGAUUCUCUCCCUAAUGAGUUUUAUAAGAUCUUAGCUCCGCCUGGGAAAGAUCCUUUGAAAAAGGAGUCCUAUCAGCCUAUCGCACUACUUAACUCCGAUUAUAAAUUAUUAUCGUCAAUUCUAGCUAAAAGACUUCAACGAGAGAUAGGGAUUCUUAUUAAUAAAGACCAGGCGGGAUUUUUGUCCAAGCGCCAUCUAGCAGCUAAAGUCAGAGAACUAUUUUUGGUUCUUGAUUACUUCUAUAACUCUCAAGAAGCUUCUUCACAAGAUCAGACAGAUAUAGCAAUUGUUGCGCUUGACGCAGAAAAAGCGUUUGAUUCGGUGCAUCAUCAGCAUAUCCUAACUUCCCUGUCUCAUUUUGGCUUUAAAGAUAAUUUUAUCUCCUUCAUUAAUAAUCUCUGCAACAACUCCUCAACAAAACUGAUUGUCAAUAAUUUAGAAUCUAACUUAAUUAAUCUUCAGAGAGGCACAAGACAAGGCUGCCCAUUAUCACCUCUCUUAUUUGAUCUAGCGAUGGAGCCUUUAGCUCUUAAGAAUCUUCACUCAGCCUCGCACACGUGCAAUCACCCACAAGAAUCUGCACUCAGCUUAGCACACUUACAAUCACCCACAAGAAUCCUUACUCAGCCCGGCACACGUGCAAUUGCCCACAAGAAUCCAUAUUUGCCCUGGAAUACUGGCAAUCACACACAAGAAUCUGCACUCAGCCCAGCACAAGCGCAAUCACUCUCAAAAAUCCACACUUGCCCCAGCACACGUACAAUCACCACAAGAAUCCGCACUCCACGGGCACAUGUGCAAUCACCUACUACAAUCCCCACUCACCCCCACACAUGUGCAAUCACUCAUAAGAAUCUGAACUUAGCUCGACAUACGCGCAAAUACCCACAAGAAUCCUCACUUAGCCCGGCACACGUGCAAUCACCAACAAGAAUCUGCACUCAGCUCGGCACACGUGCAAUUACCCUCAAGAAUCCUCACUCAGCCCGGCACACGUGCAAUCGCCCACAAGAAUCCGCAUUUGCCCUGGGACAUGUGCAAUCACCCACAAGAAUCCGCACUCAGCCCAGCACACAUGAAUUUGCCCACAAGAAUCUGCAUUCAACCCAGUACGCGUGCAUUCACCCACAAGAAUCUACACUGUCCACAGCACAUGUGGAAUCACCCACAAGAAUCUGCACUUGCCCUGGUCAUACGUGCAGUCACCCACAAAAAUACACAGUCAGCCCAGCACAGAUGGUUAUGCUACUCUCACUCCUGGGCAGCCAGUGGAGUCUUUGGUUUGGAUCAUCUGUCCUCUCUGUGGUUGAGAUGGGAGAGUUAGUAAUUGAUGUUGUUGUCAUUGGUAUCAUCAUUCUUCUUCAACGUCACAGACGCUCUCAGAGUCAAGAAUUGGAAGAAACUUGCAGAGUGCCAACUCCUGAAAGCUCUUUUGGAGAAGAAGAUAUCAGCCAGAUGCAGAUUGCACACAACCUUACAGACAGACAGCUCAGAGUAGUUGCAGAUAUCACCCCUCCACCUGCUUAUGAGAGUUUGGACUUGAGUUCUGUGGGAGGGGGGUCUUCUCGGGCAUCCAGUAUGCGUAGCAAUAUGUCCCACCAUAGGGGGUCUAGGGCAGGCAGAGAGUGAGGGCACAAAAUUGAGGGCACAAUGGGGGUAAAAUGAUAUUGGGAUAAUAGAGCAGGGGCAGAUAAAGAAUAGUGCUAGAGAGGUAGAAAACUGCAGAGACUAAAAUCACUAAUGGUAGACUGGAAUAGGGAAGGGUCAGGACAGAAGAGAGUGGUAUAAUGAUUGUAUAUACACUGUUGGGUACAUUAUGGUCACUGUGUGUUAGUUUGUACUGCUAGGAAGGGUCAGUGUGAGUAACUCUAUACUGGAGAGUUAGUGUGAGUAACUGUAUACUGGGGAGUUAGUGUAAGUAACUUACGCUGAGGAGUCAGUGUGAGUAACUGUACGCUGGGGAGUCGGUGUGGGUAACUAUGGGUGAUGCUAGGGGGAGGGGACACUGGGUAUAUCUGUGCAUACUGAGUUUGGUUUAUAAAGCUGUAACACACAAGAUCUCCUCUCUCCAGCCAGUCAGUGUGAGUAACUGUAUACCGGGGAGUCAGUGUGGGUAACUAUAUACUGUUUGUGGGUAACUAUGGGUGAUACUGGGGGGAGGGGUCUCUGGGUAUAUCUGUGCAUACUGAGUUUGGUUUAUAAAGCUGUAAUACACAAGAUCUUCUCUCUCCAGCCAGUAGAUUUUUAUGCUACAUAAUAUCAUAUUAUUAUAGGUAUGUUACAUAUUAUCAGGCAUUGAAUCUAUAAAUGUCUCAUCCAUGUUACAACUUGUCUAAUAAACUAAUCACAGGGUUAUUGGUAAUUUAUGUAACCACUAGAUGAAAAUUAAAUUAAAGAUUAUUGUCAAACGUGACUUACUAUUGACUGUAUCCAUUUCAUUGUACUAGAGCAUACUUAGUGUACACCUCACUGGUCAGGUAAGUGCACUUAAUCAGCCACAUCUCUCUGCUAACUAUUAUACACUGAAGAAUGUAAAUAAGAUUGCACAUAAAAACACAAAUACACAACACCAUUAUUUAUCAUUAUAAGGCUACACUGUGUAUUCAUUGUAUAAAGGAUAAAAUAUAAAUAAAAUAUUCAUUAAGCCUAA